UUGAUGUACUGUUUUUCGGGGGAGGUUUUUCUCACUAAAAGUAUAUUAUAAAUCUUUCACGUCCAUUUUGUAAAAGAACAACAAACAAACAAACAAACAAACAAAUCAGCAAUGAAAUUGAAAGUCGGGAUAUUUUUUGGAGGCUUAUUUGGAGCUCUCGGAAUCUUGUUCUUUUUGGUUGCCUUUGGAACGGACUAUUGGCUUCUUGCUACAGAGGUUGGAAGAUGUUCGGAAGGCUUGAAUGACACCAGGGAAGAGAGAGUCACUUUCCACCAUGAGGGUUUUUUCUGGAGGUGCUGGUUUGAUGGGAAUGUCGAAGAGAAUGCCCACAGUAUGUUAAAGUUUUGGUACACGAACCAGUCGCCUACUAAAAACUGCACCCAUGCCUAUCUCUCUCCGUUUCCUUUCUUCCGAGAUGAGCACAAUUCAACUGCCUACAACUCGGCAAUUAUUUAUCGUGGCUUCUGGUCUGUUCUGAUGUUGCUGGGAGUGGUCACUGUGGUCGUGGCGAGCUUCUUCAUCAUCUGCGCUGCACCCUUCGGGAGUCACGUGCUGUACAAAGUAGGGGGAGGCUUUUUCAUCACUGCUGGUAUUGUCUUCACAUUGGUGGUAGUGCUUUACGUCAUCUGGGUCCAGGCAGUGGCUGAUCUUGAAAACUAUGUGAAUAUGAAGAAAACAGACUGUCCUGGCUUUUCUGUCUAUGUGCGUUAUGGCUGGUCUUUUAUACUGGCUCCAGUUGGAAUUUUUUUUACCAUGUUUUCAGGAAUGCUGUUCCUACUGGUAGGGCGUACAAUUUAUCUGCACUCCGAUUAAUCAGAUGUCGGCUGUUUGAAAUGUUGGAAUUAUGACGAGGUUUUGUUGAAAAGCUAUUUUUAUACAUUAUCCCUCUUAUAGCCGUGUGUUUGCUGGUGCUAUUCUAGAUCUGCUUAUGUAGCUAAUGCAAUCCCAUGCAUAUCUACUCAGAUGUAAGUCCUACUGAGUUCAGCGAAGCUUAUAUCCAGGUAUGUCCUUAUAGGAUUUGCGGUCUCAGUUAUAUAUCCUUGCCAUAAAGGAAUAGUGACAUAAAUAAGACUGUUCAAAUCCUUUCAGAUCUUGAUGAACUGCAUGCAGCACAUGAGAUAUUUUGCAACCACGUCUCUUGUGUUGAACGCACUGGGGGGACAGAUAAAAAUAUGAAAUGAUUCAUGUAAGAAUUUUGGCUUAGGGCCAGUUCAACCAUUAUCAUCUUAAUGAAGGAAUAUGCAAUGAAACCACACCUCCAGCUCAUAUAUAUUAGCCACAGAAGAAGGGAAUGAGCAGCACAGGCUGUAGAUCACCCUUCCAGUAGUCGCCUAGCAUUCACUUUGUGCCAAUGCGCCAUUCUUUCAGUAAGACCAGAACUCUUGUCCCUUGCCUGCCACAAAUCUAGCUUCUUCAAGUGACAGUGCUUGGCUCACCUUAACGAUGGCUACUUUCCUCCAUCCUCAGAGUCUCCUUCCAAGCGGAAGGUCUGUGUGCUUCGACAGGAAUCGUCAUGGUCGGUAAGUGAGGUGCCAAGUGUUAAAGCUGGCUAGGUUUGCGAUGAGCGCAGGAUCUGGUCGUGGCGAGGCAACGGGAAAGUGAAUGCUGUAACUCCCAUCUGCAAGCAACUGUGUUGCUUCCUGGAAGAGUGAAACCUAUUCCCAUCUCCCUGUGGAUAAUCUAAGCAAAACUAAACUCGGUCGUGUGUGUUCCCUCGUUAGGAAAGGAAAUGUGUGAAUUAGUCUUGGUUCUGCUUAUGCAGAACAAAGCAAGCGUCCACAGAAUCCCUUAAUCACCUGUUAUUUCUUAUUUCGGUAUUUGGCAUUAGCUUUAAUAUGAACAAAUAUUUCUGCUCUUAAAAAUAGAGUGCAGUUGCCCAUGUAUUGCUUUAGCCAAUGUGGCAGUAGUACAGAAGGCCAGGUCGCUGAAUUAGUGCUGUGAUGCUGUUAUGAAUAUGGAACUGUUUGUAUGCUUUCAUGUGGUCCAAGUCAUAAACAAUCAGUGUAAUGGAACUG